AAUACGAGCGGGAGAAGCUGGCGCGCCCCGGUCCUUGCGGCCGCCGGGGGAGGAGCCAGGGCCGCGCUUCGCGGCCGGGAUAUGGCAGCCAUGGAGUGCAGAGACAAACCAGUUAUUCCUACAAGGAAGCUAGUACAAGCACGGUUGCCUUUCAAGCGUUUGAAUCCUGUACCAAAGGAGAAAUAUGACACAGGCAACGAAGUCAAGAAAGCAAAGAGCUCACAAGGUGUUGGUCAAAAUAAAGAUUCCAAUCUAAAUCUGUCACAUGGAUCCUUGGACAAUAUGGAGAAUGACUGCCAGUUGGAUUCUGAAAUGCAGUUCACUCCCAAACUUGUUAACGGAAAGGGUCCGUUAGAUAACUUUGUACAGAAAAACAUGAAAAAUAACGUGAGAGAAACUGUACUCAUAUUUGACUUGACAGAGGACUCUAACCACACACUAAGUGAUGGCCUAGACCACAGUAAAUUAAAUUCAGAAGCAUCUUCAUCUGUAGGGACAACUAAUGGUAUGAUAGAAGAUACAAACCAGUCAACUCCAUUAAAGCAUGUUCAGAAUGCCCAAGUGGAUGUUUCAAUGGAUACCAAUCCAACUUGUGAAGCUACUGCACAUAAGGAUGAAGACUCAAUAGAUGUAACCAAAUCGUUUUCUGAAUUAUCAAAUACACAGUGUAAUAAUUUGGAGAAUGAGAGUGAACUCAAGGGUGUUAUAUUUGAGGGGAAGAUGCCUGUAGUAGUUCUGGAGGAUAUUAUGACUGUGAGAUCUCCCCAUGUUAUGUCUUUGGAAGGAAGUAUGACCUCAGAAAGUGAGACAAUGGAAUCUUCUCCUGAAGGAGACUCUAUACUUACUAAUUCCUCAUUAAGCUCCCCCUCUUCUACCAGCUCACCUGAGUCACAGCCUAUCCCACUGAACAGGAGUGAUACUAGUCCUUUAGCUGCUUCAAUACCUGUUCGGAAGGUGCAUCAGAAAUUCCUCAAAAGUUCUGCGGAGAAGGAGAAGCUGAGAUUGCAAAGAGAUCAAGAACGUGCUGAUAAGCUGCAGAAGUUGCAAGCAGAAAAGGAGGAAAAAGGGAGGCUGAAAGAAGAGGCAAAAGCUGCAAAAGAGCGGGCCAAGGAAGAGGCGAAGAAGAAGAAGGAGGAAGAGAAAGAACUGAAAGAGAAGGAAAGGAGAGAGAAGAAGGAAAAAGAUGAAAAGGAAAAGGCUGAGAAGUUACGAGUGAAGGAGGAAAAACGCAAGGAGAGACAGGAAGCUUUAGAGGCAAAACUUGAAGAGAAAAGGAAGAAAGAAGAGGAGAAACGGUUAAAAGAGGAGGAAAAGCGCGUUAAUGCACAGAAGGCAGAAAUCACUAGGUUCUUUCAGAAACCAAAGACUCCACAAGCCCCCAAGACCCUUGCUGGCUCCUGUGGGAAAUUUGCUCCCUUUGAAAUUAAAGAGAACAUGGUCCUGGCUCCACUCUGUCGUGUUGCCUUUGAUCAGGACCUCUCAGAUCAGUUAGAUCAGCUCCUACAAGCACAGAAUAAUGACAUUUCUUUCUUGGAAGAACUAAAGUGCCGCAGGCCACAUAAAACUGGACCUACCAUUGUCUGUUACCGCAGUGCUGACAUAGUCAACAGUGAUGUGGUGAUAGUGGAUAGCUGCAAAAUGGACAAUGUUCCUGAAAGGAAGAAAUUUGGCAGGAUGAAACUCCUACAGUUUUCUGAGAAUCAUCGACCUGCAUACUGGGGCACAUGGAAUAAGAAAACUGCUGUCGUUCAUCCCAGGAAUCCCUGGUCAAAGGAUAAUAAACUGCUCGACUAUGAGAUAGAUAGUGAUGAAGAGUGGGAAGAGGAAGAACCAGGAGAAUCUCUCUCUCACAGUGAAGGGGAUGAUGAUGAUGAGGGAGGAGAAGAUGAAGAUGAUGAUGAUGGCUUUUUUGUACCCCAUGGGUACCUAUCUGAGGAUGAAGGAGUGACAGAAGAGCAUGAUCCAGAGAAUCAAAAAGUUCGUCAGAAGCUGAAAGCAAAGGAGUGGGAUGAACUGAUAGCCAAGGGGAAAAGGUUCCAUGUUCUGCAGGCUGUGAAGAUUGGCUGUAUCUGGGAAACAGAAGAAAGCAAAAGCAGUGCAGAUGCAGACCUAAAGGUGCUUCAGCAGUUUGCAGUUUGUAUUCUGGAUUCAUCUCUUGCUGAGGAAGAGCAGAUGCAGAAGACUAGCAAAAAAAGGACAAAAGACCAGCAAAUCCUGGGACAACUGCUUCCGCUGCUCCAUGGGAAUGUCAAUGGAAGUAAAGUGAUCAUCCAGGAAUUCCAGGAGUGUUGCCGCCAAGGACUGUUCAGUGAAGCGGCCCUUGCUCCAGAUAUUAGUGAUGCUAGUCCUACAAGUCCCAACACUUCCCGCCCGCAGACUCCAGUCAACGAGGACUCUGCUAUCCCUUCCAAAGCCAGACUAAAGCGAAUUAUUUCAGAGAACUCUGUGUAUGAGAAGAGACCUGAAUAUAGGAUGUGUUGGUAUGUCAACUCAGAGGUGCUGAAAAGCUUUGACCAAGAGCACCUUCCUGUUCCUUGUCAGUGGAACUACAUCACGCCAGUCUUUUCUGCAGCCAAGGAGGACAAUAGCAGUGUACCAGGAGUGACAGUGAUACAAACCACUCCAGUUUCAGUAAAGAGGAAGGCAACAGGAAGCAUGUCUAUCACCAUGUUCAUGAAAAAACCUAGAGAUGCAGAACAGGCUGAAGCUGUGGAAAUGGAUGGGUUCCAGGCUGACACUGAAGAAGAGGAGGAAGAUGACUGUAUGAUUGUGGACGUACGCCCAGGGAAAGAUUCUACAUCUGCAAUUACUGAAACUACUUCAGAAUCGGAUGGUGCAAUGGAGAUUGUUCCCAUGCAGGCAGCUAUUGCAGUUGGCCCAUCGAACACAGUUUGAUACUUAAUACCUACUAACUCCUCUGUAUGUAUGUAGAAUUUUUAGGAUUUUUUAAAACUUGUGUAUCUUUGUACAAGAUACUUGAAAGUAUUCCAUAUUUCUUGUAAAGAGAAGACAGCACUUUGGGCUAAAGCAGAACAGAUGAAAGCUUGAAAAUUUGUUUUAAUAUUUUUAGCUAAAAAUAUUGCAUAUUAAUCUGUCUUUAAUAAAGCAUUAUUGAAACUGA